UUAUAAACCAGCCGCAACUAAUCUCAUAGACAUAAAAAUCUAAAAUCGUGCAAUAUAGAGUUGGCUACAUUAUGGAGUCAGAAAAUAAGGAAAAUUUUCUGGAGGAGCCUGUACUAGAAGAUGAGGCAGAUGAAGAGUUGGACUCAGUUAUGAGAACACCUGAAGAAUUGGAGAAGAUACUUAUGUUGGCAAAUAUUCCUAGUUCUGAAAUAGCUACGAUAAUUCAAACCUUGUAUUCUUCUAUACCCUUGGACUCGCAAAAUAGUGAUUAUUUGGUAAUGGAAGUUGACAAUAACGUUUUAGAGGCAAUAAAAAAUGGAGAAAGUUUAUCGUUUAGAGGGGAGGAAAAUGAGCCAGCAGUUUUUUGUACUAAUAACAUAACAUAUGAAGUCAAAGAAGCUGAAACAUCAAACACGUGUUUAGUAGUGCCUGGUCUAAAAUGCUUGGAUCAAGUAAACAUAGAAGGUGCGGAAACAAAAAUUGUUGAAAAAAAAGAAAUCACUCUUUCUUAUCACAAGUACUUAGAGUUAAAACAAUGCAUCCCAAAAUUGAAUAAAUUGCAAACCAUUUUGGAACCGUCGUCAUUCAAAGGAUUAGAAUAUGAAAAGUUGUUGGAUCCAUCGUGUUUUUAUGACUGGCAAAAACUGCGAAAUGAAAUACAAGCCAGUGAUGAAGAAAUAAAAGAAGCACUUGCAGAUAAUUUAAUAGCUGAGUUGGAUGGUUAUUACCGUUUGAUAUCUUUUGAAUUUGAAGCCAGAGCUUUAGGAUUUAUGCUAGAUUUAAUAGAAGAAAAUUCUUGGGAACUAGAUGAAAUAGACAAAGACGCUUCCUACGAAUCUUUGGACGAAAUAAUCCCUAAGCCGGUUUUUGAAGUUCUUUUUAAAAAGUACGCAGAGCCAACUAAAACAAAAGAAGACGGAACCCAAUUGUAUCGCUUUAACGAAGCAAAGUCAUGUAAGCUCUUGGCUCAUGUGUUACUUUCCGCUUCUCGUUUGAACAAGUAUGAUGAUUUUAUGAAAGCUUGGAACAUAGGAACUCCUGAAAAUUUUGAGCCAAAAGAAGAAUACUUGUAUGGCGUGGCAAUAGUGAGGUAUAAUAAACAAGCCAUGAGGAAAGAAGUGAUUUUUUAUCCUGAGUCGUCUUUGCCUGAUGAUCUUAUCAAAAGAUUAGACAAGUUAUUCAACGUCAAAGAAAAAUGGACGUUUCCGGAAAUUGCUCCUUAUUUAUCGAAAUUCGAAACGAAAAAUGAAAACGUCAAUACCAUUUUAAUGAAGUAUACGAGGCCGUCUACAUACAUGGGUGUUCAAUAUUACAGUGCUAAACACGGAAAAUAAAAGAAAAUAUUAGCAUUCUGGAUAUUGUUUUUAUCAAUAACGAAAAUCCGUCCGUGUGACAUGAAUGGUAGCACAAUAAACGUGUCAUCCAGUGGCUGUAGAUUCGAGGUUUGAUAUACAUUGUGUCAUACAUGUUAACGGAUGCAAAGAAGGCUAAAACCCCUUGCAUGGUAAAAAUAAUUAUAA